CUGCAUUCGGAUUCAGACACUUCUACGCAUUUCUCAAUUCUCAGUUCUCAAGUACAAAACAUCUUGUUUUGAUUCAUUUGCAUAUCUUAAUCAUCAUGGACUUCCACACCCUAUCAAGGAAGCAGCUGCAAGCCCUGUGCAAGAAGAACAAAAUCCCCGCUAACAUGACCAAUGUCGCUAUGGCGAAUUCUCUUGCAGCUCUGGAGCAAGUUGAAGGGAUAGAAGAAGUUUUGAACCCAUUAGACAGCGAUGCCCAGAAAAUUUCAGAUGAAAAGGACACGGGAACCCCAGCUUGCCGAACCUCAACUCGAAGAAAGCCAGUUGUGGAAGAGCCCGAAAGCUCCAAGAUCUCUACUCGGCUUCGUCGUGGGACAAGAGCAAAAAAUGAUGAAGAAACUGAUCAAGAGAACAAAGAUCUUAAUGUUCCUGUAACUCCUGCUGUGCCAACAACUAGGAGAAGAGCGCCAGCGGCGUCCACUCGCAGAAAGAAGGAAGAUGAAAGGCCAAAUGAUCAAGUGCCAAAAACUCCCGCAGCUUCAAACAGUAGGGUAAAAUCUACUUCGGCCUACAAUACCAGGAAGUCAGUGAGGUUGCUGGAGAAGAACUUGUCCAAGAUGAGCUUAGUGGACAAGGAAGAAACAGGAUCUGUUAAAGUUGAUGAUGAGACUUCUGAAGAAUUGACUAGUUUUUCUAAGCAAAUAGAAGACUCUGUUGAUAGUGAAAACGGGGCUAGCUCACUGGAAAUAUCAACUGAAGUUACUGAGAAAACUGAUGAAUCGGAGCUUACCUCUUCAGAAAAGAACUUGUCUAAGACAAGCUUCAUGGACGCUGAUGAAACAGAGUCAGUGAAGGUUGAUGAGAUAUCUGAAGAAAUGACAGGUCGUCUUCAGAAGAUUGAGGAAUCAGAAGAUGCUAAGAUAAUUUUCAUGGAUGGUGAUGAAACAGAAUCAGUGAAGGUUGAUGAGAUAUCUGAAGAAAUGACAGGUCUUCCUCAGAAGAUUGAAGAAUCAGAAGAUACUGUGAAGGAAAUGCCAUUAGUUUCCGGGGAGGCAAGUGAUAAAGGAGCAAGUCUGGAGGCUGAACCAGAAGAAAGUCUCGUGAAAAUCAAUGAAUCGGGAUCUCCAUUGAAGGAUAUGAACAAUAGUUCUGAGUCGGACGUUGAAUUAAGUAAGUCAAUCGCCAAGGAAGUGGAUGCUGCUAAUAACGAAUCAGGAACUGAGAAUAUAUGUCAAAUUGAGAAUUCUUGUGAUUCUUUAGAGCCAGAAAAUAAUAUUUUCCCGUGUACCGAGAAUGAUGCAUUCUCUGAUGACAAGCAAGAGAGCAACGAACAUUCAAAUAUGGGAAAUGACAUUCAGAACUCAGUACUAAUGCUUUCUUCUCAUGCUGAGGACGAAGUAGUUAUUAAAAUGGAAGAUGACUCUGCCGAAAUACAUGUUUCUAAAGUUGAUGAUGAGGUUGAUGCUUCUAUGAUUGUUGACAAGAAUGAGGCAAGUGAACAUUAUAAUGUGGGCAAUGAUACUCAGUAUUCUGGAGGAAAGUUUUGUUCUGAGAACAACGAAGCGGUUGAAAUUGCCAGUGACAUUCAGGAAGAAAUGAUCUCUGCUGAGAACAAAGCAAUUGAAACUACUGCCUAUGACAAUCAGAAGUCUGAAGAAAUGUUUUCUGCUGAGAUCAAAGCAGUUGAAACUGCUAGUGACAUUCAGAAUUCCGGAGAGAUGUUCUAUGCUGAGAACAAAGUAGUCCAAGUCGAAGAGCACACGUCUCCUCUUGUUCAUGGAGAACUGGAAUUUAGAACUUCAUCAGAUAUUGAAGAAUCCAAGGAAUAUGUAGAGAAGGAUGCUGUUAUGGAGGCCUCCAAUGAACCAUCGUCAGAAGGAAAUAUGAAUGUACAACGUGCAGCAGAUUCUCAAUCUUCAGAAGGAAAUAUGAAUGCCCAAGGUGAAGCAGAUUCUCAAUCUUCCUUGGUUAUUAUUGAAGCUGAAGCAGGAUCUGAAACUACAGAUGUUCAAAUUGGCAAUGAAGAAUGUAAGGAAGACUCUGAUGAGAUGCAUUCAACUUUGACUUCUGCUCCAAUCAGCUCGGAGCUGAAGACCAGUGAUUUUCCAAUUCAGUUUACAUGUGAAGAUCAGUCAGCACUGAAAGAUAAUGCAGCAGUGGAAGUUAAAUCAGUUAGAAAGAUGUAUGAUGAAGAGGGAGAUAAGCAGAAGGAAAACCAGAUCAAUGAUGAUCUGGCCAGUAAAAGCAUGCGGCAGCUCAAGAAGAUGCUGAAGAACUUAUCAUUAGAUAAUAAAACCAAUAACGAGAAGAGUAGUGUUAAGGAAGUGGAAAGGAAGAGAACUGCCUUGCAGGAACUGCCAGAGAACCGAAUGACAGAGAGCAAGGGUCAGCAAUUAUUACCAUGAAAAGGAAUGGCAAAGAAAUCUUUGGUUUCUUCCUUUAUUUUCUUUUCUUCCUUUUCCCCCCCUUUUUUCCGGGGAGGUCAAACCAUCCUAGUUUUGGCUGCAUAUUUCAUCUUCAUUAUGUCAUAUACUUAUGGUUAAGGAGUUAUUGAAGCAUUCCUAGUAAUGCAAAGAACUCUUGGAAUU